AUUAUAACUCUGUAUAUAUAUAAAAAUAUAAAAAUCCAGCACUACACAUAGAGACUGUCCCUCGAUGGUGCGGGUAACUCCGCCCUUGCAGCAUUGCGUAGCUGUUAUGUUAAAACAAAUAUACCCUUCGCAUUUGUCACGCGCUCUCAUAAAAGCACAAGCGAAUGACUGUUCCGCUCUGUCUGCUACAAGGUUAAGUCUGCGGUCUAACUGUGCCAUGUUGCAAGGGGAAGUGAUUACAUUGGCUUUAGGAAUGGCAUUAGAAAUAGAGUCAUUCAUAAACGGGAAUAAUGUAUUAUCUGCAUCAUGGUAUCAAAAGGGCGACUACAUUACCCAUAAUACUCUUCUCAUGAACACAGGUCAAGGUUCAGUAAGACACGCACAGAGACACUCACACCAAGAAAACUGUCAGAUCAGAGUUCUGACUCAGUGUUACAGAGAAUCAUAACUGAUUGACUGAGCGUUACCAUGGCGACAGACCGACCAGCGGCACCAGGGGAAGACCAGGUUAAAGACGGGCUUAUCCAGGAGCUAGCGACAGAGUGGAGACCCCAGGAGGAGGAGGGAGCGGGUGUGUGCCAGUUCUUCUUGAAGGGAAAGUGUCGUUUUGGACCGAAGUGUCGUCAGUCUCACAGCCCCACUCACCUCCACACCCCUCCGAGCCACCCUGAGUUAACCGGCCCAGAGUCAGGACAAACUGCCCUGGACAACUGGACGGAGGGAGAAAAGAAGGGAAAUCAUAAGAAGAGUGGAAAAAAUACCAAAACACACAAGCCUAAAUACACAGAGGGGAAAGGAAUAAGUAAAAAGCCUCGCAUGCGCACAGCAGACGAGGUCAUCGCCCGCAUCCUGUGGGACUCGACGUUAGAGGAGGGGGACUUUGUGGUGGGGUAUGUGGAUCGCUUCUUAGGAGUCCUGGAGCGCCCCUUCUCCGAGUUCAACUGGGACGCCGACCCAUGUGACUGUGACUACACGACCGAGCUGGCCCUGCCCCAACACAGGAUACAGUACUUCACCCACAGAGGGCGCCGUGUCUGGGACCGCAACACCAGGACGGACAGAGUGUUCGGUUCCACUGGGAACCCUCUGGCGCCCCCCUUUGGAGGGGAGGAGGAAGUGACGGAGGAACAAAAAGUUAUUCCGCUGGAGGAGGAGGGAGAGGAGGAGGGAGAGGAGGAGGGAGAGGAAGAGGGAGAGGAAGAGGGAGAGGAAGAGGAAGAGGAAGAGGGAGAGGAAGAGGGAGAGGGAGAGGGAGAGGAGGAAGAGACCAGAUGCCUUGCAGAGAGAGAGCAACACAAGACCAACGUUCUCAGUUCAGUGUCGGUCAAACAAGGCCUACCUGACUACCCUGAGUCAGGAAGCAGUCCACGGAGUCAACAGGAAGCAGGAAGAGAAUCCAAACCAUUGGAGGAGGAAGGAGUAAACGAGGCUGCUGACUCUGGCUUAGUCGGCUCCACAGACCGCGUGUCUUUAUCAGAGAGAGAAGGAGCGACAGAGAAGGAAGAGGAUCCAAACAAGGAGGAAUGGAAGGAGACCUGGGAAGGAGACGAACAGGAGGGUCCAGCCCCGGACGGACUCCAGCCUGUCCCUCUGGAGCAGAGAGAAGAGAGGAGUGGGCGACGACCCCCCAAACGCAAGCCCACCCACUUCAUCACCUUCAGAGCCAACACCCCCUCUAUCCUCUCCUCCUUUCAACGCCUUCAGGAGGAGCUGGUGGCCCUCCUCCCCUCCUCCACCCCCUACUGGGUGCCCCCCUCCAACCUCCAUGUCACCCUGUGCCUCCUGGUGUUGCCCGGCCCGGCCGAGGUCACCGCUGCCGUGGAGAUCCUCCGUCGGUUCGCCCACCUGGACCGCAACCCCCCCGUGGCUCUGACCUUCCCCCUGAAACUGAAGCACUUCAAUGGGAAGGUGCUCUACCUGAGCCCCCAGCCUCAGCUGCACCUCCAGCAGCUCAACAGCGGCCUGCAGGAGGCCUACAUGGAGCGGGGCUGGCUGCACAGGGACUCCUACAGCCCCCGCUACCACCUCACCCUGGCUAAGGUGAACUGGCCGGAGCGAGAGAGGCUGUUUGAAGGGGCUGGGGACCUGAGGGCUGGGAAGGGGUUGAGUUUUGGACGUUUGCCAGUGAACAGGCUGCACCUGUGUGGCAUGGGCAUGACCAAGGAUGGGUUUUAUGACACGGUGUGCACGGUCACUCUUCGCUGACAAAGAGGUGGGUUUCUUUGUAUUGCGAAAUUGAAAUGAAAUAUGGACUAUUACAAUCAAUAAUAUGUAGAAAUUAAGUACAAGGAAUCCAUUUCUGUAAAAAAAACUGUGUCUGUUGUGUGCGUUUUUCAAGUUAUAGCCCAAAAUCAAAUGCUAUUCAAUACUGUUCAUCGAAUGAACAGUUAUUUAUCGUGCCAUCAAUCAUUGGAAUAAUAGCCCACUGAAUAUACAUCAAAUGGAUGGGAAAGUCUGUUUCAGGUACCAUCUGAGAAUGAACUAUUUAAAAUUGUGAGUAGGGAAUGGACAUAUGUACUGUAUGAAUGGAGUAAUGAAUGUAGUGCUGUAAUGAUUUGUACUGAUUGAUUUCUGUUGAUGUUUAUAAUGAUGUCUACAAUGUUUCUGUUUUUAGAUGAUCAUUGUUAUGUUAUUUAAAUGUGUUCUCUUUUUGUUGGAAGAUUAGCCCGUCCCACUUUGGUGAUAGCUAAUGGGGAUCCUUUUAACAACAAACAAUAAUAAACAAUAAACAAUAACCUAGUUCUACCGUGCGCAUACACUAAGCAAAAGCGCCACUGGCAUCUAGGCUAUUUAAUUGUAUAGCCUUGUUAGGCUGUGUGCGAGGUGUGCCAACCUUUUUUUAUUAUAGUCUUAUUAUUGUCUUAAAGACAAAGAUAAUUCGAGCACUGAAGCAGAUACAUCAUGUGACCUUUACAAAAAUCAAUGCUAUCAGUACUGUAUAGUAUUCUUUUCACUUGGUUUUUAGAAAUGUAGAACUAAUCUAGAUGAAACUCGCCACAUACGUUGUUCUUUUUGCUUUGUGUUUUUAGUAAGACUGCCUACUAUUGUGUUGGAUUAAAUGAACUGUAAACUUGAA